CCCCACAUUUCAACAUCACCCCUUCCUUCCCCACAUUUUCCCUUCUCUUUCCUCGCAAAACCUCAACCCUUUCUUUCUCACCAUUAUUCUCUAUCAUUUCAUAUAAUACAGAAUUCUUAGCCACCAAGUAGACACCCCAAUAAUGAUGAGUAUUCUCUUCCCUCCCACUUCCUCAGCCAAGGGGAAAAGGCUCAUCAGAGAACUUGUUCAGGGUCAGGAUUAUGCCACUCAGCUCAAGUUUCUGCUUCAGAACCCUAUUGGGCCUCGUGGCUUCCUUUCUGCUAAGGAACUAGUGUCUAAUGUUCUCAGAUCUUUCUCUCAGACUCUCUCUGUCUUGACUUCUUCUGAUGAUGAUGACCACGUUUCUCAGAAUCUCGGAGAAGAUGCCUCGCAGCUUGUGGCUUCCAGCAUUAAUCCGAGGUCUGAGGAUUCCACUGAGAGUAGGAAGGGAUCAUUGCCCCUUGCAAAGGAUCGGAGAGGGUCCUACAAAAGAAGGAGGACUGAACAGACAUGGACCAUUGUUUCUCAAACAAAUGAUGAUAAUCAUGCAUGGAGAAAGUACGGACAAAAGGAGAUCCUAAAUUCUCAAUUUCCCAGGAGUUACUUUAGGUGCACUAGGAAGUAUGAACAAGGUUGCCGAGCAACGAAACAGGUGCAACGGAUACAAGAGAAUCCUGACAUGUAUAAUAUUACUUACAUUGGCUUUCACACAUGCAAAGACACCCUCAACCUCAAUGCUCCACAAUUGGUCACAUAUUCUGAAACUCGAGACUCAUUUCUCGAGAAUUCUCAUCCUCAUUCAAACAUUGUGUCAAAUGAACAACAACAUGAUCCUCCUAUGGGAUCACAAAGCACAACAAAUGUAAAACAAGAAUAUCCCAACGAGGACACUCCCAGUGAUCUUACAGAUGCUAACCUGUGGUCUGAUUUGAAGGAUUUUGAACUAUCCAAUGCCUUGAAAAUAGCAUCUGAUAAUGCAGAUAUUGGGUAUUCAUGUACUGCCUCUCGGAGUCUGGACAUGGAUUUUGGGAUGUUUUGUUCUCAUUUCAGCUCCGAUUUCAACUUUGAUGAAAACCAUUUUGUUUAGUUAGCUUUCAAAAGUCUUAACCAUGCAUUGAGAUUGAAUUAAUGUUUAGACUUUGCACUUGUCAAGUUUCCGUGUUGUAUGGAGGGAAUAUUUGAUUAUUCUCACGUGUAAUCGGUUAGUCUAAUGUAAUUUAUAUAUGUCUGUCUACAAUGUGCUUUAACAGGAUUGAUUAAA